ACCCAUAGAAGGACAGAUAGAGCGUAUAUACGUCGCUUGCAGUCUGCACUUCGACCAAUAGCUUCUUCGUAACAAGUCUUACGUUUAUUGUCAUAGAUCUUAACGUUGUAUACCAAAGGAAUCUAUCCGGGAAAAGACCCACAGUUUUAUUCAACAAAAGUUACAGCAGACCGAAUCUACAGUGAACCUGGAUCUGUUUACUGCUGCUAAACAAUUAGCAGACAGCGAGAUCGAGCUGAUAAAAGUGAUUGAGAAUUCCAGCAAGUGCCAAAGAACUGCUACAAACAUGUUCACGAAUGCGAAGAAAACGAAGAAGUCUGGGAAGUCGAAAAAUGUUCGUCCGUCAGCUGCAUUAUUGGCCGCCAAGCAAGAAGCAGCGAAACGACAGCUGCUAUCGGAGAGAUCCAACAGCACCUUUGUACCAGACAUAUAUCAGAGAGCAAUUGAUGGGUAUAAGACAAUGCGAAAAGAGACUGGCCUCGUAUUUGACCGAAGCAUGGCCGAGCACUCGUGCCUCUGGGAUCCAAAUUAUCCCGAAUGCCCAGCCAGAUUUACACGAGUUUUACAGAGAUGCGAGGAGCUGGGCCUGGUACAGAGGUGUAAAUUCAUCGAACCGAGACGUGCCACGGAGAACGAGCUCCUAAGUAAACAUAGUCAGAAGCAGAUUGAUAUUUUGAAGGCAACGGACGGCUCUAUGGAUUCUGAGAAUUUGGAGUUGCUGUCGUCCAAGUACGAUUGUGUCUAUAUCCACCCGUCUACGUAUAGCUUGUCUUUACUAGCUGUUGGCUCGACAAUCAAUCUAGUAGAAAGUAUCUGUAAAGGCGAAAUACAAAAUGGCAUGGCUAUUAUCAGGCCACCUGGUCAUCAUGCGAUGAAAUCAGAAUAUUGUGGUUAUUGCUUUUUCAACAAUGUAGCUCUAGCAGCAGAGAAAGCUCUGAGUUCUGGUUUGGCGAAUAGGAUUCUAAUUGUGGAUUGGGAUGUUCAUCAUGGGCAAGCAACGCAACAAAUGUUUUACAAUGAUCCACGCGUAGUUUAUUUUUCGAUACAUCGUUAUGAACAUGGUGAAUUCUGGCCCAACUUGAGGGAAUCUGAUUUUCAUUAUGUCGGGGAGGACCUCGGAGAGGGUUACAACUUUAAUAUACCUUUAAAUAAAACCGGCAUGACUAAUGCCGAUUACAUUGCAAUCUUCCAGCAAGUUUUAUUGCCAAUGGCUUACGAGUUUCAACCGGAUUUGAUAAUAGUAUCAGCAGGUUACGAUGCGGCUCUGGGUUGUCCAGAGGGUGAAAUGCUGAUAACUCCGGCAUGCUAUUCGCAUUUAUUAUCGUUGCUAUUAAGUCUGGCAAAUGGAAAAGUCGCCGUGGUUUUAGAGGGUGGUUAUUGCCUGAAAUCAUUAGCAGAAAGUGCAGCAUUGACUUUAAGAACUUUAUUAGGCGAUCCAUGCCCGGUUCUGCAAACACUUGAGUUACCAUCAUUAAGCAUACGUGAUACUAUCCUGAAUGCGAUCUACGCUCAUAAACCAUACUGGAAAUGUUAUCAAUACCAAGAUACAUACAGCAUCAAUAGUGUAGCGCACAAUAAAGAGGAGAUUGCUAAUCGGCACGUAGUUAUGGUUACGUACAAAGGCAGUGAAGUUAAACUAGAAAAAUAUGAAACUCGAAAUUGUUAUCCUGUACAAAGCAAAGAAACAUUAGAAGCUGUGGAGAAACAAUUGAAUGAAUUGAUACAAUUAACAAAUUUGCGUAAAACACCUCAUAAAGUAUGUAUCGUCUAUGAUGAAAAGAUGCAGAGGCAUUGCAACAUUUCUGACAGUUCUCAUCCAGAGAAACCAAGUCGCAUCUCCAGCAUUUAUAAGAAUCACGAAGAACAUGACUUGUUACAACGAUGCCAUUUAUUACAAGGAAGGAGUGCAACGGUAGAAGAAUUAUCCUUGGUCCAUUCAAUGGACUAUAUAGAUGACAUCAAAAGGACAUCGACUGUAAAGCUCAAGGAAUUACAAAAGCAAGCCUCGGAUUACAAUUCCGUUUUUCUUCAUCCUGAAACAUGGUCGAGCGCCUGCUUGUCCACCGGUUCUCUCUUGCAAGUGGUGGACGCAGUUUUAAAUGGGGAGUGUCAAUCUGGAGUGGCCAUCGUAAGGCCGCCUGGCCACCAUGCUGAAAUAGACAUUGCGUGUGGUUUUUGUAUAUUUAAUAAUGUUGCCGUGGCUGCGAUGUACGCUGUACAAUUUCAUCAUGUUAAAAGGGUCUUAAUAGUAGAUUGGGACGUACACCAUGGAAAUGGGACGCAAUCUAUUUUCGAGGAAGAUCCAAGAAUUCUUUACAUCUCCGUUCAUCGUUAUGAUAAUGGAAGCUUCUUUCCAAAUUCUAAGCUCGCUAAUUAUACAAACGUUGGCUUAAACGCAGGCGAGGGAUUCAACGUAAACAUACCGUGGAACAAAAAGGGAAUGGGAGAUGCUGAGUACAUAGCGGCUUUCCAGCAAGUUGUGAUGCCCAUCGCUUAUCAAUUUAAUCCAGAGUUAGUCCUAGUUUCGGCCGGAUUUGAUGCUUGCAUUGGUGAUACACUUGGAGGUUGUCUCGUAAGUCCAGAACUCUAUGGUCAUUUGACCCAUUGGCUCUCAUCCCUAGCCAAUGGUCGUAUAAUCCUAAGUCUCGAAGGAGGUUACAACAUCAACUCCAUCUCCCAUGCGAUGACCAUGUGUACCAAGGCCCUUCUGGGCGAUCCUUUGCCAAUGCUGGACCCUAAUCUCAUUCCUUGCACUAGCGCGAUCAAUUCCAUCAAUAAUGUACUGAAGACUCACAAGAAAUUCUGGUCCAAUCUGCAAUAUGGAAUGUCCUUACCGAAAGAGAGACUACUUCCUAAACUUAAGACGAUCCCGAAUAAACUCGAGGAGCAAGGAAGAAACGCAGAUAAAUUGAAACAAACGGAAUCGAAGAUCGCCUUAGAGGUAAUCGAGAGCGAGAAAUUGGACUUGAAUCUGGCGAUCGACAAGAACUGCUUGAAUCUAGUGACGGACGAGGAGAUUUCGAAGCUAACGUGCGAGGUGGAGAAUAUUAAGAUUAAAAAUUUGCACGCGAUGAAAAGCGAAGCGGUCGAGACGAGAAGGAAUCCCGAGUUGAAGCAGAGCGAAACGAAAAAUCUGGAUGCAGUUUCGCAAAGUGUACAAAAAUGCGUGAACGAAACGAACCAACCGAGAGGCAGCCAGCAAGGAAAUUCUAACAUACGCGAGGAUCGCGAUGACGAGGGUGCAGCAUCGUCACAACGUGAGACACGAUCCACAACUCUCUCGGAGUAUCUGUCUGACAAUCUUCAGGCUCUGACGACGGGAGAGAUGUUCGCGGUCGUCCCCCUACAGGACUGUCCGCAUCUGUUUACAGUUAACGAGGUUCCUUCAGGUGGAAUCGAUGUAAAUUCGCCGUGUGCCGAAUGUACCAGCACCGCUGAGAAUUGGAUUUGCCUGCAGUGUUACACUGUGCACUGCGCUCGCAGUGUUAAUCAACACGCGAUGCAGCACGCGGAGGAAUACGAGCAUCCCAUCACGCUCAGCUUCAGCGAUAUCUCUGUCUGGUGCUACGGUUGCGAGUCUUAUAUCGAUAAUCCUCGAUUAUAUGCAGCAAGGAACGCGGCUCAUCAAAGCAAGUUCAAUGAAGCGCUUCCUUGGACUUAUAGCGAAAGUAACUCAAACACACCUUAAAUAAUCAAAGAAAUAUAUUUUAAAUAAUUCAAUUAAAAAUGUCUCUUGGGAUUGGGUUUUUCAACUUGAUGCGCGAUAAAAAUCUGAAAAAAGAUAACUAAUAAAUGAUCUGACCUAAAUCUUUAAUAAAUAUAAUAAAACAUAAUAUUUAUCGCAAUGUAAUUAAAGUCAUAUAUUAAAUCAAAAAUAUUAAAUUAAUCAAAAAUUUGAGAAUAUAAAAAUUAAUUUUGACAUUUUUUGAUUAACUGAAAUGCUCAAGUUUUUUCAGAAAUCUAAUACGUAUAACAUAUGAGAACAAAUAAUAAUUUUUCAUAAAUUAAAAAUGAUGUCCUGUUAAAGACAAAAGGAAAAGGAGAAAAACUCAAUCCGAUGGAUAUGUAUCGAAACUGGAAAUAAUCAAAAUAAUAAAAAUGUUAACAAUGUACUGAAAUAAUUUAUUAUUAACGCUUCAAUAGAAAUUAUUAGUUGUACUAAACUAAAAAUACCUCGUAUAUUGACUCGAUUGUACAAUUAUACAUAGUGUUCCGAAAAAAAUUUAGUCCUCAAUAAAUAGAAAAAGAUUUCUGAGCUUUGUUUCUUUCGUAAAUAAUUCAUCUAUUUAAUUGUUUUAUAAAUAUGCAAUAUUCUUUUACUGAAAAUUUUCCGGUACACUAUGUAUAUUAUAUUUUUAUAUAUAGAUAUAUUUUUCGCGUCCCACACGAGAAUGAUCUCGGUCUAACAAUAGGCCUACUAAAAUCAUCACUCACACGACAGAAUAUAGAAUAAUAAGACUAAGACUACACAUCACACAAAUUAUAUCAGAGAAAAAUUACAUUUUUGUUAAUGUGUACUUUAUUUGAUUUUUCAAUGUUAGAAAAAUACUUAUUCCAAUUUCAA